AUGAAUCAUCUAUGUUAUAUGAAACCACUUCAAUGCGACACUGGUUCAUCCGACACGAUGAAUCCGCAGCGAGUAGGAAACGAAAACGUAGUUGAUGACAUUGACGAAGCGACAGAAACAACAUUAUCAAAAGCCUUCGUGUUAAAGGAUACAGCAGGCAAAGGCCUGUUUCCGCAUUUAUUUAACAUUGUCGAAAAUCAACAUUACAUCGGACCGAUACCAGAUGCAAGAUACUAUUCUUCCGAAACAAUGAGACCGUCUGAGCGUGAGCGGUUUUUAGAAUGGCACGAGGACAUGGUGCGCAAAAACAUAGAAUUUGAUUUCCAAUGGGAAAUAGUGAGCUAUUGCCGGAACGAUGUCGAUAUUCUUCGACGGGCUUGUCUUGUGUUCCGUAAGAUUUUCCUGGAUUGUGGAAAAGUACGGCCUUUUGAAGAAUGCACAACCAUCGCCUCUACGUGCAUGAGAGUUUUUCGUAAAAACUUUCUGCGUGAAAAGGAGAUAGGUAUUAUUCCUUCGGGUGGGUAUCGGCGUGUCAAUCAAUCCCGCAAAGCGUUAAAAUGGUUGUUGUGGAUGGAGCGCGAGCUCGGUCAUACUAUAACUCAUGCAGGUAGAUCUCGCGAACAUCGCAUACCGAAAGGGCUGCUCGUCGAUGGGGUGAAUCGUGAUAGCCCGCUCUCGACCACCGUGAAGGGGGAUACUAUUGAGUCGCGAUACGAGCAUACGCGCGUGACAUCUCGUCUACAGAAGCUAGGUUACAUCGUAACGGAGAAGUGGGAUCGUACAGGGAACAUCGUCACCCGGUACGAUGUUACGGGUACGGAGAAGAUACGUUACGUAGACGUAUGCUCCUUGUACCCGUUUGUGCUAAAGACGGGUUCUUUUUCGCUUGGUCACCGCUUGGACGUGUACGUGGGCGAAGAAUGUUCUGCCUUGAUUGGUAUAGCUCCCGAUUUUGACUUCAGCAGAGUGGAGGGGAUCGUACGGUGCAAGGUGUUCACUCCGCGUGAUCUCUUUCACCCUGUACUCCCAUUUCGCAUUCGCGGAAAGUUAUUGUUCGCCCUAUGCCGUAGCUGCUGCGAGACAUUUUCUCAAUCUCUAUGCACACAUGAUAAUCCGGCCGAUCGAGAAUUCGAGGAUAUCUGGGUAUCCUGUGAAUUACGGAAGGCUAUAGAGAAGGGCUAUAGUGUCAGGUCCCAAGAGGCUAGCGGAUGGCCUGCUGAAUGCAUCGACGAUGAAGAGGCCAAAGAGCGAUACCUGCGGGAAUACGAAAAAACAGAAGGUAUUGUUCUCGAUAGAAACAACAUCGCGGUAAAUUCGGGGUUGCGUUCGGUUGCGAAGCUUUGCCUCAAUUCGUUCUGGGGUAAAUUCAGUCAGCGAUCUAAUCUGUCGAAUACCGAGGUCGUUAAGACGCGCGAACAUUUCAUGUCGCUGCUCACGAGUUUCGAGCAUGAAAUCAUAAACAUAUUGCCCGUGAACGAUGAGGUUCUCUACGUCUCAUGGCGAUUACGACAAGAGGCGCUUGUUCCCUCUGCAACUACACCUACAUUGCAACUGCAACCUAUACGACGGAAAUUGGUACGCGUACGACAGGUACGCUUGAAAUUGUACGCUUAUUUAGAAAAAUUAGAUCGUAGAGUGUUAUAUUAUGAUACUGAUUCAUAUAUAUAUUUGAACACCGGUGACCCCAAUGAGUACGAGCCGCGUACGGGUAAUUUCUUGGGCGAUAUGACGGUCAAACUCGAAAGUUAUGGUCAAGGUAGCUACAUAGAAUCCUUUGUAUCCGGAGGCCCGAAAUUUUAUGCCUAUGUCGUUCGCACUCCACAAGCGUUUCACGACACUAUAACGAGAGACGAGAGCAAGUCAUGCGUGCCGGUGCUCCUAAAACGUAGAUUCGACGACACAGGUCACUCUGUGCCAUACGGUUACGUAGUGGCGUAA